CCGUGAUUCCUUUGUCAUCGGAUCUUCUUACGCUACAAAACCACGCAUGCCUUAUUACGGACAUCUCAUUAUGAAUGCAAUAUACAGAGCACCUAUGGAUCUUAGGAACGAGAGUCGCCUUAUUUUCGCAGAGAGGCGUAACGGACGAACAACAAUAAAAAAGUUAACUGAUCCUAACCAAAUGGUAGCCACCCACAAGGGCACUUUGUUUGUCAGCGAGGCUUUAGGUGGUGUUCUAAAAAUAAAAUACGGAAGUGUGGCGUGUAACCGUAUGUGGGACGAUUAUCAGGAGCGUUUUAUGUUACCAUUUGACGAUUUUAUUAGAGGACAGCAAUGCUCCGAGAUACAUCUAAAUUCAGAUAUGGUAGCCGUUGGCGCAAUAGUUAACGAUAAGCCAGAACUAUUGAUUCAGGAACAGCGUUACGGUAUUAAUCUGUACAAGAGAAGUGAGUUCCAUUGUUUUUCUAAUUAUGGAGCAGGAGGACAAUUUAUUAGCGAUACUACACCGGACACGACGGAAUAUGAAGGUUACUUCAAUGUAGCGGAAAAGAUUCAAUACACUUUAUAA